ACAAUGGGGCCAGUGGGUACCUACAAGCAGCAGCAAGACGAAGCAUACCUGGUAGAGUCAGGAGCAGCCAUGGCACAAACCGAAACAGAGUGGAAGCAGCAACCCUGGUUGGCAAGAAGACCAGAUGCAUACACACCCUGGUGGAAACAGAAGUCCUUUUUGGUGCUUUUCCCGCUGCUGGCACUCUCCUACCUGCUGAUUGUUGUACUGUUUGGACUUGUGCUGUCCCUGGGAUCCAGGCUUCCAUCCCAAGUGACCAAGUUGCACAAUCAGCUGCAGAGAAACAUGGAUUUCUACCCAUGUGGUUCCAGAAGCAGGGAAUGGGAAUACUUCGAUGGACGAUGCUACUACUUUGGCAUCGAGGCAGUGCCUUGGCACACAGCUAAAUCCCAUUGUGAGGAACGGAACUCAAAACUGGUCGUCAUUCAGGAUGAACCGGAACAGAAUUUCAUCCAGUCACAAACCAAAGGUGAGCGCUACUGGAUCGGACUCAGUGAUGUGAACGUUGAAGGGGAGUGGAAAUGGAUUGAUGACACUGAUUACAGAACCAGCUACAAGAAUUGGAAGAGUGGUGAGCCCAAUGACCAUGGUGAUCACGGAGAAGACUGUGCCCAGGUUUCUUCUGCGGGGCAAUGGAAUGACCUGCGCUGUAAUACUGCAAGCUUCUAUGUGUGUGAGAAACCUUUGCCUUCCUGAAGGAACAUAACUGGAAGAGAGGGAGAAGAACCUCCUUGCAAACACAAGCUUUGUUCUCCAGAGGUCACAAACUUCUUCAUCCAGCUGAUUAGAAUGCAAGGAAUAAUACACAACUGGAAUAAUGCUAUAGUUGAUGAUGAUGAUGAUGAUGAUGAUGAUGAUGAUGAUGAUGAUGAUAACCACCACCACCACCACCUCUGAUUGUAAGAGAAAGCCAUCAGGAAUUUUCCACUCCCCCUGGCCCAGAGUCUCCCUGGUCCCAAAACCAGUCACUGGAUUCAGCACAUGACAAACCCAGGCUUGGGGAACAAGGCAAGUUUAUUAAAAGGAUAAUAUAUAGGGUUGGAGGGACUAAAGCAGAGUCUAAAAGGAUAAUACCAGGUAAAAGAGGGAAAAGAGGGGGAAAGAGGGAUUGGACAGCAGCAGCAAGAUAGGUUACAAGCAGUCAUGCAACCUCAACUCUGAGGGCCUUGUUGGCCCACCCAGACAGAGAAAAUAACCAAGUAUUUCCAACCUAGCCUAUGCACAGUAACUCUACCUUCUACUGGCAGCGUACACAGGAUGCCACAAUGCUCUUCUGAAGGGAGAACUGGCAGCCAUCGGAACCUCUGGAGAAAGGAACAAAAGGAUGCUCUUUUCCUCGGGCUCCAUCCCCUCCACCCCAGCUUCAGUCAGCUGACUCAAGGGGUGAUGGCCAUCCCCCAGUCCCUGGGCUCAGCCAUGUACUCCAGGUGUCAGUUGUUAGCCAGCCAUUACUGUUAUCUUCAGCAUCCUUGAGGCCUGAACUCUGAUGGUUCUCACCCACGUGACACAAAGGGAGAAUGAUGCCAGCUAAGCUAGUACCUGGUUUUUCUAGACUUCUCUCAAUUCCAUGAUUACCCCUUCCAUUGCCCUCUAGAGCCUUAAAAUCCAGUUCACAUUACACUGAUGGCAUUCCUAAGCAAUUAGAAAAGAAUACUGUCCCUGAAGAAGCAUUUGUGAUAAGCCAUCUCUGGGCUGGGUGGGUCCAUUGACUUCACCAAGUCUUUUUUUUUUACAUUGGUGAAAUCAACAUGCAUUCACAUUUCUAAGGCUCUGUGUCUGGUGAAGUGGCAGCCUUUAACUCCUCUCUCUCUUCCUCUCUGAAUAAGCCCAUCUACAGAUGUCUGUUAAAGUUUAAGUCUUGUCUUUUCUCUAGUUAGUCUGCAAUAUGUGGGAAACCCUCUCUGACUACACAAAGAGUAAACAGAGUGGCAUAGCAAAUACACUGUAUACCGGUUCAGAGGGAUUUUAAUCUGCUGCUAUGCAAUCUACUCCAGAGCAAGCCUUGGAUGGAAAAAGAGGUAUCAGCAGAGGUGAGCCUAGGUCCAAAGCAAGUCAUGCGAAUCAGCCUUGCAGAUGCAUCCCAUAUGCAUCCAGAUGUCCAUCCAGCAUUACCUGGUCUAACCUGGGCUGAUGCUUAAAAGAUUAGGGACCCAUGCCAAUAAGACACAUAGCUGCAUAAAAUUUGCCUCUUCUCAAUUAUGUGUGCAGAUUUAGAAGUAAUUGCUAGGUUUGAUUUAAGUCUGACAAGAGGAAAAGCCAGACAAUUAAUUUCUCAUUUUAAUCACCUAAAAUAGAAUUUAUCUUUUUUUUUUUUUUUGCAUCCCUCCAUAUGAUCUCAAAUUAACAAUUAACAUUUACUUUGCAACCUCUUUCUGUUCUAUGCCACUUCUCUCUCCACAUCUUUCUUCUCUCCCUGUCCAUGGCUACCAUGUCAUGCUACUGAGAGGAAGUGUGGUGCAGCGGUUAAGAGGGCCGAACUGGAACUCAGACGAUCAGGGUUCUACUCCUCAUUCAGCCAUUGAGCCAGCUGAGUUGGGCCAGUCACAGACUCUCGGCCCAACCUACCUCAAAGGGUUGUUGUUGUGGAGAUAAGAUUAG